CGCUCAGAAGCAUGCUGCAGCCCCGGAGCGGCGGCAGCGGCCGGGAGAUCGCUCCGGCUGCCGCUGCAGGGAGGGCGCCCCGCCUCGCCUUCAUGCCUCCAGCCCGGCGCCGCAGCCGGCUGCCCUGAGCCGCCCCAGCCAUGGGAGAUGGCUGGCUCGCCCCAGAUUGCAACCCCCCCAACCGAUCCAGCUCCCCGCCGCCCGUCCCCCCCAGCAGCGCCUCCACCCUGCCCUACCCGCCGGGCAGCAGGGAGCUGCCCUCCCACCAGUGGGCGGUGGGCAUGCUGAUGGCCCUGAUGGUGCUGCUGAUCGUGGUGGGCAACGCGCUGGUGAUCGCGGCCAUCGGGCGCACGCAGCGGCUGCAGACCCUCACCAACCUCUUCAUCACCUCGCUGGCCUGCGCCGACCUGGUGAUGGGCUCGCUGGUGGUGCCCUUCGGGGCCACGCUGGUGGUACGGGGCCACUGGGUCUGGGGCUCUUUCCUGUGCGAGUGCUGGACCUCGCUGGACGUGCUGUGCGUGACGGCCAGCAUCGAGACCCUGUGCGUUAUUGCCAUCGACCGCUACCUGGCCAUCACCUCGCCUUUCCGCUACCAGAGCCUCAUGACCAAGGGCCGGGCCAAGGGCAUCAUCUGCACGGUCUGGGCCAUCUCUGCCUUGGUCUCCUUCCUGCCCAUCAUGAUGCAUUGGUGGCGGGAUGGAGAUCCCCAGGCUCUGGAGUGCUACCAGAACCCCAACUGCUGCGACUUUGUCACCAACAGGGCCUAUGCCAUCGCCUCCUCCAUUAUCUCUUUCUACAUCCCCCUGAUCAUCAUGAUCUUCGUGUACAUCCGAGUCUACCGGGAGGCCAAGGAGCAGAUGAGGAAGAUAGACAGGUGCGAGGGCAGGUUUUACUGCAGCCACCCCCAGCCUCCUGCCCCAGCCCAAUCCCAUCAGCCCAUCCUGGGCAAUGGCAGAACCAGCAGGAGAAGGACCUCCAGGAUCCUGGCCUUGAAGGAGCAAAAAGCCCUCAAGACCUUAGGCAUCAUCAUGGGUGUCUUCACCCUCUGCUGGCUCCCUUUCUUCCUGGUCAACGUGGUCAAGGUCUUCAGCAGGGACCUGGUGCCAGACCAGCUCUUCGUCUUCUUCAACUGGCUGGGCUAUGCCAACUCGGCUUUCAACCCCAUCAUCUAUUGCCGCAGCCCCGACUUCCGCAAGGCCUUCAAGAGGCUGCUCUGCUGCCCCAGGAAAGCUGACCGGAGGCUGCACGCCAGCGCUGGGGAGUUCUCCCGGUACCCAGGGAGCUUCAUCAAUACUUUGGGCACCCCCGAGCGCAGCCUAGGAGGGACAUGGUCUGAUUGCAAUGGGGGCACACAGGGAGGCAGUGACUCCAGCCUGGAGGAGAGGAAUAGCAAAAUUUCCUAUUCGGAAUCCAAGGUGACACGAUGGAAAAUAAUUAUCCUUUGACUAGCAGCCAGCUUUGUAUUAUUGAGAAAGGAGAAGACCUGUUCUGUUUGAAGGAUUAUACCUAAAAAUAGUUCUGCUACAUCAGCCACAUCAGCAACUGGCAUGAAGUUAAUUCCCAUGCACACAUAUACACACCCUCUAUGUUAUUUCAGUUUCACUCUUGUCAGUCAAAGUUUUCGGUUUGAUUGAAAAAACAGUAAUGCAAACUCCUGAAAUAAGGUUAAGCACACUGUCCCACAGGAUUAUUUUUGGUAUGCAUCACUGAUUCGCAUUCAGAGGGUGCCAAAUUCCAAAAUGUCUAAGGAGGAAGUAAGUAUUCUUUGUCUUUCUGCAAAUAAUCAUGGAUAACGUAAGAUCAACAGUAGAAUUGCUAUGAUUGCCUUACACAAGAGAUCAAAAAAAUUUUUUUUACAUAGAUGUCCGUCUAUCUGUUAGUCUAAACAGAAACAGCCAUGAUAACAACAGGAGCUUCACUCACAUAAUUCAAUAACCUUAGGCUGCUAAACUGUGUCAGAGAAAGUGACAGAGUAGGGGGAAAAAAGAAUAAACAAGAUGAUAUCGGGCGGCAAAGCCGGAGGGGGAACCUCUCAAGAAACAGUAACAGAGGACAUGAUAACAGGGCUAGAUGCUACAUUUUCUUUCCAACAUAAUGCCCGUUAUGAAAAAAUCCAAUAGAUUUUAAUAGGGAUGAAUCUGUCAGAUGCUCAAUAGAAAUAAAAUAGCCUUCUAUAGAAAUGACUCUAAAAACCUAGAGGAUUUUAUCUCUUCUGUAUUCUCUAGGCUGGUUAAGCACUUUUCCAUAAGGAGAUAAACAGUUGGAGCAAACUCCAACACUUCUUAAAUGUUCCCCACCUCUAAUGCACAUUGAAAGAAAAAUAUCUGAGCCAAAUCGUCAGCUAAUGUAAAUCACUGGAGCUCAUUUGACUUCCAUGAACUAGAAUGACUCGGACAACCCCCUUCUUCAGCCAUUAGGCUCUGCGAGUGGCGGCUGUGAGCAUACACAUUAUCUCAUUAAGCAAACUGUUUCAACAAAGCCUUUAAUUUCCACUGCCUCUGGAUAUUUACAUUGUUCCUCCUAAAAGCAAGAGUGGCUCAUGCUUAUGAAACCUAAGGGAGUCUUUCCAUUGAAUUUCAUGGGAGUUGGAUAAUACCUCACACUGGGCCUGACUCUGAAGCCGUUACUCACUUUGCAUAGUCCCACUAAAGUAAACGGGCCCAAUUCUCCAGUGCCUUUCGCCUUGUGUUGUCAUUUAUACCUGUGCAAUGAGGAUGUAUAAGUGAUGCGGCCAGUGUAACUCAGUGGAGGAUUCUGACCAGCUAAUGUUUUACACCUGCUUUGCCAGGUAUAAAUGAUUACACGGGUUACAGGGCAGGUGAGAAUCAGGUACUUUUGUAAGACUCCUAGGAGUUAUAGCUACUUACUGCUAACACAAGCAGCAGAAUUGGGCUUGCCUAGAAUUGUAUCAUGUUUGGGUUUGUCAUGUAAACUCUCACACAUGUUCCUGGUUCAUAUUAUUUAACUGACAAUUGAACAUACAGACUCACUUUGCAAACCAACAUUUGGCUAGCUGGCUCUUUGGCCAUAUUAAGUUUUACAGAUAGAUCCAGCCUGCAGAGUCUGACUUGGGAUCUGAACAUUGGCAGAGCUUUGGGAGGUUCAGAUCCAGGGGGUUGGUUUAGGCACAUUUCUAAUUAGUUUGAUACUCAUUGUUAAUAAUUAU